AUGACCAUGACCAUGGACAAUUGGACUCCUGAGUCCUGGACUUCCAAGCCCAUCAAGCAAGACGUCGUCUACGACGAUGCUCAGGGGCUGCAAUCCGCCCUGACGAAGCUGGGCAAGCUGCCGCCCCUGGUGACCACCCAGGAGAUUAGCAGUUUGAAAGCGAGUCUGAGGAAUGUUGCUCUUGGGAAGGCGUUCGUGCUCCAAGGAGGAGAUUGUGCGGAGCUGUUCGAUUACUGUAAUCAGGAUAUGAUUGAGGCCAAGGUUAAGCUGCUGUUGCAGAUGAGCUUGGUUUUGAUUUGGGGUGCCAAUCGGCCGGUUGUGCGUAUUGCGCGUAUUGCAGGACAGUUCGCCAAACCCCGGUCCAGCCCUAUGGAGACGGUCGACGGCGUGGAGAUGCCCUCUUUCCGAGGCGACAAUAUCAACGGCUUCCCUGCGUCGCUCGAAUCACGCAAGCCUGACCCAUCGCGACUGGUGUCGGCCUACUUCCAUUCCGCCGCAACUCUCAACUACCUCCGGGCAUCUCUGUCCUCCGGUCUGGCGGAUCUUCACUCCCCGCUGGACUGGGGACUUGGCCAUGUCAUUACGCCGUCUAUCAAGGAGAAGUACGAGCACAUCGUGAACCGCGUCAAGGACGCCUUGCGGUUCAUGCAAACCGUGGGCAUCGAUACCGAUCGCGGUGUCGAGACCGUCGACGUCUACACCAGCCACGAGGGUCUCCUCCUCGAAUACGAACAGUCACUCACCCGCCUCCUCAAAACCCCGUCCUCUUCAUCCUCCAUCAUCCCCCAUACCACCACCGCUACCGCCAAAGACCAGAACAACCACCCCCUCGCAUCCUACUACGCCACCUCCGCGCACUUCAUCUGGAUCGGCGACCGCACACGUCAACUCGACGGCGCACACGUCGAGUUCUUCCGCGGCAUCGCCAACCCCAUCGGCAUCAAAAUCGGCCCCAGCAUGACGCCCACGGACCUCAUCCAGCUCCUGGACGUCGUGAACCCCACGCGCGAAAUUGGUAAAGUAACCCUCAUCUCGCGCUACGGCGCCUCCAAGAUCGCCUCCCACCUCCCCGCGCACAUCGCCGCGGUGCAGCAAUCGGGCCACAUCCCCGUGUGGCAAUGCGACCCGAUGCACGGCAACACGCAAUCGACGCCGUCGGGCAUCAAGACGCGUCAUUUCAGCGAUAUCCUCUCUGAGCUGAAACAGGCGCUGGAGAUCCAUCGUGCCGCGGGCUCGUUCCUUGGCGGUAUGCAUCUCGAGUUGACCGGUGAGGCUGUCACCGAGUGUGUGGGUGGCGCGGCCGGUCUGACGGAAGAGGGUCUGGGCGAACGGUACACGACGUUCUGUGAUCCGAGGCUGAAUGAGAAACAGGCGCUGGAGUUGGCGUUUCUGGUGGCUGGGUUCUAUCGCGAGAUGGAUGAGAGGGAUGAGUUGGGGGGUUCUUCCACUGUUUGA